AUGGAUAGGAGUGGUCGAAAAAGAAAGGCGGAUGAUGAAAAUGAAGAGCUUCAAAAAGCAUUGCGAUCGUUCGAGGAUGAAUUUGGUGGCCUCGGCGGUAGCCUGGAUCGCGGACCAAAGGCAUUCAUUCGUUCUGAAGUUGUGAAUGCA